UGUAAUUGUUAUUGUUAAUCCUCAAGAAAUGGAUAAGAGAAGAUUUUAUUUAUUUAUUUUCAUUUUCUUUUCCCAAGAUCCAAACACUGUAUGUUUGGCUAAAUGGGUUUUUAAGAUUUUGAUUCUAUUGCUGUAUAGAAUGCUUGAAAAGAGGAGUUUGAGCUAUAUAGAUGGCCCAGUUCCAGUGCCUCUAGACGAUUCAUUCCUGGUGGAAAACGUACAAAGGAUCUGCGUUUGUGACACGGAUGAAUGGGUGGAGAACCAUGAUAUUCUUCUCUUCUGGCAAGUCAAACCCAGUGUGCAUGUGUUCCAGAAUCUUUGGUGACAAAUUUUGGGAAGAAGGUUACAAUGAUGGAAUUCUAAUUUGACCAAAUCCCAAGGGCUUAGCGACAAGAGCAUGUGUCUCCUUCUCUUUCCUUUAAUGAUAUAUGCAGAUAUAUAUAUAUCUAUCUAAUAAAACAGGACUGGUUUUGAAAAUGUGUUAAAAUGUGUAAGAGAUACAAUUCAUUUGAGACUAGCAUAAUUAAGUUACAUAACAUGCUGUGAGACUAGCAAGGCCUCUAUGAGAUUAGCUUUUAAACUUAAGA